UCAAGCAAAACGUUCAAACCAAAGAAAAACAUUCCGGAAGGUACGCAUCAAUAUGAUCUUAUGAAACAUGCGGCGGCCACCCUCGGGUCGGGAAAUCUUCGAAACGCGGUACAGCUUCCCGAUGGUGAAGAUCUCAACGAAUGGGUUGCAGUUAAUACGGUAGACUUCUUCAAUCAAAUCAACAUGCUGUACGGUACCAUUACGGAAUUUUGCACCGAGGACACGUGCAGCAUUAUGUCGGCCGGACCAAAGUACGAGUACCACUGGGCGGAUGGACAAACGGUGAAGAAACCGAUCAAAUGCAGCGCGCCCAAGUACAUCGACUAUCUGAUGACGUGGGUCCAGGACCAGCUCGACGAUGAAACGCUCUUCCCGUCCAAGAUAGGCGUACCGUUUCCGAAGAAUUUCAUCAACAUCGCCAAAACGAUCCUGAAGCGACUGUUUCGCGUGUACGCACACAUUUACCAUCAGCACUUUUCCGAGGUGGUACGGUUGAGCGAAGAAGCGCACCUAAACACGUCCUUUAAGCAUUUCAUCUACUUUGUGCAAGAGUUUAAUCUCAUCGAUCGCCGGGAGCUGGCCCCGUUACAGGAUCUUAUCGAUAAGCUCAUCACGAAGGACGGUCGAUAAGUAUCCGCGUGCGCGUGUGUGUG